AUGAUACCUUUAAUAGUUUUAAUCACAGUUUUAGCAUCAGUCAGCGCGACGAUUGUCCAUCUAAUUCCUCAUUCUCACCUGGAUUUAGGCUGGCUACGUACAGAAGACCAAUAUUUUUAUGGCUGUGGUGGAGAUCCCAAUAAUGUUUAUAGCAGUUUGCCCGAUGAUGGCGCUCAAUGCGCCAUCAUCGAGCAACACCAAACAAGGGUCCACACGUGGAAUAGGAUCCACGUGUGGAGCCCUUUUUGGCUCGUGGAAAUGAGGAUUCUCCACGUGCUAAAAAGGGCUUCACACGUGGAAUCCAUUUCCACUGUGAACCCUUGUCUGGUGUUGCCCGAUGAUGGCGCAUUGAGCGCCAUCAUCGGGCAACUGCUAUAUCUGAUAAUUAGUGAAAUUGUUAGUGCUUUAACAGUGGACUAUGAAAGAAGAGCUGUUUUAGCUGAAAUUGGGUUUUUAAAAAAAUGAUGGGAUUUGCAAACCCCUGCAAUGAAAAAUCAGAUGAAAAUUUUGAUUAAAACUGGGAGAUUGGAAAUUGUGAAUGGAGGGUGAAGCAUGCCUGAUGAAGCUUGUACAAAUUAUAUGGAUCUGCAGGAAAAUUUUGUUAUUGGGCAUGAAUUUAUGAGAGAAGAGUUUGGAAUUACUCCUAAAAUUGGGUAUCAGAUUGAUAAUUUUGGCCAUUCUGCAACCUUUGCAGAAAUGCUUAUUCCUCCCUCUGUGAGCGAUAAAAAAAUUUCUGGCUCACAGGGGGCUAUUUUGAUUUAAAAUUUUAUAUAAUUUUUUUUGUUGAAAUUCUCAAAAAUUGGAUUUUUAAAAAUUAAUUUAAAUUUGACAAUUUAUUUUUAGAGUGCAAAACUGUUUAAAUUUAACAGAAUUACAUAUUAUAGAUUAAAAUAUUUUUUAUAAGUAUUUUUAUGUUAAAAAAUUGUUGGCUUGCUCACAGAAGGUGUUUUAUCCAAAAAGUAAGGAUUUUCCAAUGGUUUUGCUCACCCACAGGAGAGGGGGAGUUAUAGAAAUGGGCUAUCAAGGGCUGGUUUUAUCCCGAAUUCAUUAUCAUGACAAAAAAGAGCGAACAGCCAACAAAGAACUAGAAUUUACAUGGCACCCUUCAAGCACUGAAAAAGGGAUUUUUACUCAUAUUCUUUACAAUCAUUAUUCUUCCCCUAAAUCCUUGCAUUUUGAAGGCCUUUGAAUUGACAAUAGUUUUAUUACAGACAAAGAAAGCAGCUGUUAUACAGCAGAAAUCAUCAUGAAAGAUCUGCAAAAUCACGUCAAAGGGAUGGCAGAAGCUUACAAAAGUGACCAUAUUAUGCUGUUUAUAGGGGAUGAUUUUACAUUAAGUUCUGCAGAAAGGACGUUUGGGAGCUUAGACCUUAUGAUAAAUUAUGUGAAAAUUCACCCUGAAUAUGAGAUGGAACUGAGAUAUAGCACAAUUUCUCAGUAUUUUGCAGAGAUUUAUAAAACAAAAGAAAGCUGGAGUUGUUAUAAGGAUGAUUUUUUCCCGUAUGCAGAUUAUCCUUAUUCAUAUUGGACUGGGUAUUAUUCAUCAAGACCUUCGCUUAAGCUGCAGAUUAAGAAAUUUGCUGAUUAUGUAAGAGCGACCGAGAGGCUGGUUGCUCAUUCUUCGUUGAAUUAUUAUCAAAAUUUCACAAAGGAGAUUACUCUCAAUAGAGUAUGCUUGAUGUCUUUAAUAAUUUUCAAUUGGGGUAUGGGGAAAAUUGAUUUUAUAUAGAAAAUAGCUAGGUAGAUAUAAGGUAUAUAGUGAAAUUGGGCAUAAAUAAAUUGAAGCCACUUAGGGAAUAUUUAGCUCUGCUUCAGCACCAUGAUGCGAUUACUGGAACUGCGAGACUUGAAGUGUCUCGAAAUUAUGCGAAAAAAAUUACUAAAUUGGAAGACUCAGUAAUCCAUUUAUAUGAAGAAUCUUUGGAAAAUUCUGUUAACUCUCUUGUAAGGUGCCAAUUAAAUUCGACAAUUUGCCCUGUCCUAAAAGACCUUGAAACUGAUAAAACCCCGGUAAAAUUAAUUGUCUAUAACCCUAUUCCCAUUACAAAAACCUUGCAUUAUUUUUUUAAAUCCAAAAUCCUAAUAAAUUUAUUUCAAAAAUCCAUAAUUACAUAAUAAAGGAUAAAUACAUCCACACUUUCGAAAUAUUAGAAAUCCCUAUAAGCACCCCAAACAUCCAAAUAACUGACGAAGACAAAAAUCUCCUCGAUAUACAAAUUCUUCAUGAUCCCAGCCCAUUUUUCAACACAGAAACCUCAAUUGGUCGCUAUUUAUUGCUUCUUCCUAUAAGUAUUCAAGCCCUCUGUAUCAGAACUUUUACAAUAUCCUUAUCAGACUAUUCAUCAUCAGUACUAGAAUAUUCCCUUAUGGCAAAAUCAGGAAGCAUUUCUAACCAAGAGUAUUUUAUUGAAUUUUCAACAAAUAAUUUUACAAUAGUUCAUGAUAAUAAAGAAAUUAAUAUUAUGAUGAAUUAUGAGUAUUAUUCACCUAAUAUUGGGGAUGAGUAUGAUGGGCAAUCUUCAGGAAUUUAUAUAUUUAGGCCUGGAUCUCCUCAUUAUGUAAGCACAGCACUUUGCCAGUUUAAAAAUUUUAAAGUUAUUAAUACACAAUGGGUAGAAAGAAUAUAUUAUAUAUUAAACUGAAUCUUUUUAAUUUAAAUUGAGAUAAGCUUUGAGAAUUAUUUUUAGUUAAUUUAGCCUAAUUAAAUAUACUUUAAAUGCGGAAGUGAGGCAGCUACAAAGAUUACACUAUGGAAAAUUGGUGAAAAUAAGCUUCCGAAUAUUGAGCAUUAUAUUAAGCCUAUAACUGAUUUUGAGGGGAAAGAAAUAAUUGUGAGAUAUUACACAAAUUGGCUACAUGAUGAUACUUUUUUUAUUGAUUCAAAUGGAUUGAAAAAUAUUAAUAAAACAUGAAAUGUCCAUGGUGGACAAAAAUUUGAAACUUUAGAGCCUAUUGCAGGAAAUUAUUAUGCUAUUACUUCUCAUAUAGGAUUUGAAAGCGGAAAUAGGACUUUUGGAGUUAUUGUAGAUAGAACACAAGGUGGGACUGCUACACAGAAUUUUAAAAAAUCCUCAAAACAUGGAUCUGAUGUAGAAAUCAUGCUUCUCAGGAAAUGUUUAAGAGAAGAUGGCCGUGGAAUUGUUUUCCCUUUAAUUGAAGUAGCUGAAGAUGGGACAAAUUUAUUUGUUUUAUCAGUCCAUAAACUUUUUAUUGAAAAUUCGCCUAAUAAAGCUUUUGAGUUACAAAAACAGUCAGAAAAUCCUCUUCAAUUAUUUUUUGGGAAAGGGGAAGAAUAUUCGAAAAGGUAUGUAAUGGUCAAUAAAGAAAAUAAUUUAUUGCAUAUGAGGCUUAAGGAUGCAAAUACAGUUAUAGUUAGGAUUAGAUGUGAGAGUGAAGAUCAAGAUUUCAAUAUGGCUGAGAUUCUGAAAGAUAUUCUGCCUAAUAGUGAAACAGCUAGAAUAGGGCAGCUUGAUUUAGCGGAAAAUAAAGGAUAUGGCCAAGCUGCAGAAAUGGUAUGGGGAGAAGGUGGAAGCUGGCCUUAUGAUUAUUUUUCGAAAGGAGAGAAAAGGUGGCAAAACAUUGAGGAUUUUAAAUUCAGCUGUAAAGGGUUUCCAUUAAAGUCAUUUGAAGUAAACUUUUAA